ACGGAGACGCAAGCCGUUCGUGCACACGCGAUUCGUAUACGAAAACUUUAAUACUCACAACAUAACCUAAAAUAGUUGAAGUAUCGAAAUUAAAUUCAAUAUUUAUUUCAAUUCAAAGGCGGACGUGCUUUUCAUGAAGUGAAUAUUUUAGCGACGCGAGAGGAAUAAUCUAUUUUUCAUGUUUCAUUUUCUUGGAUGUUGGACCCAGAUGGCGGGAAGAAAGUUUUAUUGGUCGGCGUCAACGUGCCAGAUAACCGUUGUGGCUUUCAUUUUGUUAAGUGGUGUCAUCGCAGAGGAUGGUCGCAAGUGUUACUGGUGCGGACCUUUAGCGGAUCAGGUGCACCGCAGUCGUCGGCCGCCGCCAUGCGACGCGCCGACUGCGGACGUCACCACGUGCGACCCUGGCCAACCGCACUGCGCAAUUGUCGCCACUGCUCCUCCAUACACGGAGUCAAGAUACUGCGUAAAAAUUUAUCAAGAUGAAUGUUAUUCGAACUUUUGUAACACGACAAGAACGUGGAAAAUGACAUGUCCAUGCAAAGGAGAUCUAUGCAACGGGCCGAACUUCGACAGGGAAAACGAAGCCUUUGCAGAUUUAAUCUCAAAAUCUCAAAAAACAAACAAGAAACGUGUAAGAAGGAGUGUAGAAAAAAAAUUGCAAGAAAACAAAAUUCCUCACCAAAAAUCUGGUGAACUAAACUCUACUUUUCAAUAUGGAAGCGUAGAGAAAAGAAAAGAAUUAGUUACAGAAAUUCACAUUGAACCUAGUAACGAUAAAUCUAUCAAACGAGUAGAACGAGAAGAAACAAAAACUUCUGCUAACACAUUUGAUACACAGCUAGAUACUAUUGAUAAUACCAUACCGACUAUUGGAAAUGAACUAAUAAUAGAAAUCCAAAAUGAGAACGUUAGUCCCGAAAAUCAAGAUCUACAAGAAACAAUUCAAACAUCUGUAGAUGCACACCACAACCAUUCUACAAAUGAAGAACAAACCACAGAAUCUUUAAAAAAUGAUGUCACUGACAUGACACAAGACAUGUCGUCACCAGCUGCCAGUAAUUUAUACGCAACAAUUAAAACAGCAGACGUUGAAAACAAAGAUAAGCCUCCUGUUAGUAACUUAGUCAAAUCUAGUGAAAUCCCAACAGCUGAAGCACUUCAGCAAAAUGCAACAUCUGUAGAUGCACAUAACAACCAUUCUACAAAUGAAGAAGAAACCACAGAAUCUUUAAAAAAUGAUGUCACUCCUAAGAUUAUACCUACCGAAACAACAGGCAUGUCGUCACCAGCUGUCAGUAAUUUCGACGUAACAGUUAAAAUAGCAGACGUUGAAAACAAAGAUAAGCCUCCUGUUAGUAACUUGAUCAAAUCUAGUGAAAUCCCAACACCUGAAGCACUUCAGCAAAAUGCAAAUCCAACUCACUUAGAUACUGUAAAGACAACUCUUGUUGAAGAAUUUAUUACGACUACUGAUACCAUUGUUGCCACAACUGUAAGUGCAAAAGCUCAAAAGAACGGAAUUGGACCAAAGACCGACCUUAAUUUGUUGGUUUAUUUCAUGAUAUUAUUAUUUUAUUCUACAGGUCAAUUUUAUUGAUUGAUUAUAAUAUCAAUUGCAUUUGCACAAAUUUAGAUAGAUACUUAUGCACUAGUUAAGUUAUUUAUGAUCUCAC